AUGGAGAGACGAGAAGAAGAAGAAGAAGAAGAAAACGAAGAUAGGGAGAGAGGAAUAGAAUCUAAAGAAAGUGAGAGUAGUGAUGAUGAUAAGUUUUUAGAGUUGACCAUUCCUCUUGAUCUGAUUCAGGAUAUACUCUUGAGACUGCCUGCUAAAUCCGCUGCGAGGUUCCGUUGCGUCUCGAAGCUAUGGUCGUUCAUCACCACUCGUCCAUAUUUCAUCAGCUCCUUUGUCACUCAGGCUUCAACUCAUCGGCGGCUGUGUUUAAGGGUAGGAGCAAGAGACAAGUCUAUCUUUGUCUCACUACCCCAAUAUCCAGACAAGUCUUGUUCUCAUCAUGUGGACUGUCGUAAGAUGAAUUUCUCCAACUUCGAGUAUCAACAAGAGUGGUCCGAGUCGGUCCACGGCUUGAUGGAUACGAUCCGGUCGAUGAUAAGUUUAAAUUAUUGUGCAUCUCACGGGAUAGACACCAAGUCCCUCUUGUUCUUACAUUGGGACCUCGAGAAGAAUCAUGGAGAGAGACCCAAAACAGCCCUUCACAUUUUUCCAUUAGACGAAAAGGUAUAUGUAUCAAUGGGCAUGUGUAUUAUCGAGCUAAGAUACAUUUUCAAGGUGAAGAAAGGAGAAGUAAAGAUAAGAAAAGAGUCCUGA